AUGGGCAACGGAUAUUUUCGAACGUCACAAACGUCGUCGUCAUCACGACAACGGGAAAAGCGGGGCAAGGACAGCUACAGCUACCAGCACAAUUACGUGGAUCGGGUGCGUUUAGAGGACACCACCGGCGGGCAACACCACAGCAACCACCAGCAAGCCACCCAUGAUCCGAGGUGUCUACAGUUGAGGGCCGCUGGCUGGAGGCAUACCCACAAGUCCGUUUCGCAUCUCGACUUGGCCACCAGCUGUCAUGAAGCAGCUGGAACUGGCUUAGGUCGCCACUCGCAGCAGCUGCUCCACAACCACAGCCAGGCGAAUCAGCACCACCAGCAGCAGCAGAACCACCACCAUCUGAGCUCUCACUCGCACUCGCACUCGCACUCCCACCACCCACACGCCCAGCCCCACUGGACGCAGUGCCGGGUGGGCGUGGCCGGAAGCGGAAACGGGCAGCUGAGAAACGCCCGAUCGCUGGACUACACGCAACUCGAGCGGGAGGAGAACGCCUUGGACAUCGCCGAGUUCUACUGGCGGUUCGAUGCGGAAGGUCCGCUAGACCAAGUCGAAAGCUACGCGGUACUUCCAAUAAAAGACAACUUUAAGCCCUCGUCAGCGGCUCCAAAGGCUGUGGGAUCAGGAGAGGCAACCACAAACAGCACCACCACAAUCUCCGGAAAAGUAAAUGGUGGUGCAACAGCCACCGUAACCACUGCUGCUGCAAACGCACUGCUCGACAUUUUGGGCAGCGAGUCGUGCAGCUUGAGGAGAUCGCGCAGUUUGGCAGUAAUACGUGAGGAGACGUUUAGCGACCUGCAAAUUGGAUCGGCAAACAGCAGUCGUCGUCGAUCGCAGCUAAUACCGCGUGCCCGGCUCGUUAAUCGCGGAUUUUUCCGUGAAUCGCCACGAUUGAACGGCAAACCGAAUCAGACGGCCUUGGUGGGUGAGCAGCCAGCGGAUCAGUCGACGGAUGACGCCCAGAGCCAGAGAAGCAACUCGGGCACUUGCGAUUCGCAUCAGCAGCAGCAGAAGCAGCUACAACAGCAGCAACAGCAGCAACAUCAACAGCAACAGCAACAUCAGCGUCUUAACCGAGAAUCGCGUGACUUUGAUGUCUACUACGAUAAUCUGAAACGCUUGGACGCCUUGGCUUUGGGUCUGAGUGAACAACUGCAUCCUUGGCACAACGACAAGAGCGACUUGGAGAGCUUGAAUUCAGAUUAUUUCAAGAACUCAUUGCAUCAAAAUCACUUGGAUCAACAGCAACCAUCUUCCUUGGAAUUUGACGCCAUCGAGCAAGUGGCAGUUAGUUUGCUUAAGGAAAGACCCAGGAUUUAUCAAUCCAGGAGGCAACAGCAGCACAGGAAUCUUCACCACUCAAACUGCUUACAACGUCACUUGGACACUGGAGGGGAAUCCUGUCCAGAGCACAGUCAAAGCAGUGCUUUUCCCGAGACAACCACCAGCAAUUCGGAUGACCAAACGGAUAGUCCUUCGCUUUCGGAGCAGGAAUACGAUUUAACCCAGAUCGAGGAGAUCUACCAGCAGGGAAAUCACGUGGAGGAGAGCUACGAGUUAAUUAGCCUGACGACCACUACAAGGACACGUUUCGAGAGCAGCGAGGAGGGUGAAGAAGAAGAAGGCGAAGAGGAGGUUGUGGAAACUCUGACCACGCCCACAGAGCCACAAACCAGCGAUAGUGAUAGCACCUUAAGGCAAAAUCACAGCGAUCCCUUGGACAAACUGAUAGCCUACGAUUCGGUGUACCUCUCCUCGGAAGACAGUUCGGAUUGUACUUUAGUUGGCGAAAGCUGCGAGUCCUUCGAGCAAAGAACUUUCACCAGUUGUGGGGAAAGUGGAGAGUUGGAAACCCGCAGCUUACUACACAUUUCCAUAGAGGACACGGUUUAUGAGCCACAAGCUAAGCAACACAAAAAGGGCGUUCAUCAAGAGGAUCAACCCCCACCACUAUUAACCACAACAGCCAAAGUUGAGGCACAGAUCUUCACACAGGUUUUGAAAGUAGAACAUACACCAAAACCCAAGAUCCUUGCAGUAGUGGAAAAACGUAAACUAAAACAGGAGGAAGUUAAGCAGCAACCGCCGGAACUUAAACGUCAGGCCACCGAUUCCUUCAUAGUUACUGCCAACAAAUCCAAUCUCACAGAGAACCAAUACCAUAGCCUGCCGGAUGUUAAUAUAGGGGUGAGCCUUAAGGUGUGCGAGAAUAUAGACAAGGAGCUCAGGUCGUCCUACAACCAACAAAGACAGCAGCAACGCAAGGAGGCCAAAAGGGAGCAGCAGGUGACUCGAGCGGAGACCUACGAUUCCAUUAGACGUUUCGGACGGGCCCAUCAAAAAGCCCGGCAAAAGGAAUACCAGGAAAGGGAGCGGGAACGCGAAAAGGAGGCAUCAUCCGCUUUACAGGAAAAGGAUAAGGAAAGGGAAAAGGAAAAGCCAAAGAUAAACAAGGAAGUUUCAGCUCAGGAGCGGAAAAUUGAAGUGAAAGAAACGACAAAGACUCAAGAUUUAAUCAAGGAGAAAGAGGAAGUAGCCGAGGAAGUAGCAGCGGAAGAAGAGGAGGAGGAACCACUGCCACCACCGCCCCCACCUCUCAUAGAGGAAUCUCAACCAGAGGACUCUCCGUCGGAAGUGGAGGAGGAGGACAAUCUAUCCGUAUCCAUUUCACAACCGGAACAACCCAAGGAGGCGCCCGUCAUUGAGGUGGCCAAUUUCAGCAGGCUAAUCGAGCGAAGGGCCCAGGAAAUCCGCGAACGACAGGAGCAAAUUAAACCAUCCUUUCAUAUCAUUGUCACCGACGCCCAGAAUAAUAUCAUCCAAAAGGAGGCCAUUCAGGACAACAAGGAAACCAGACAGAGGAUUAACCCCAAUUCCAAUUCCAGCACGAAAACAAACUCAAAUUCAAACUCAACUUGUAAUCCCAUUCAACGCCCCCUCCGUCGCUCAGUGAGUUCGUCGAGUGGCAAACCGCUGGAACAUCGCAUCCUCAGCACCGGUGCUCCCAUUUACAAGGCCCGACCUGUCAAGGUUUUGCCCUCCUCCAGCAGCGAUUCGAGCUUCUCCCGAGGCAAAAUGUCACGACCACAAAUACUGCAUGUUGUGGAUGGCCGGGGAGGAGUUGCGUCGGGCGGAGGAGCAGGUGGCACGCUGCGAAGGAGGAGCAGUGCCAGGAGCAUAGCCAGCACAAUUAGCUCAACAGGAGGCGAGGUGGCUAAUGAAUAUCUGCAAAAAGUGGACGCAGUCAGAUGCUAUUGGAACAAGCUGGCGGGCAAUGAACCAGAAACACGGAAAACAGAACAGCCUGCAACCGAAACCCAGCCAGGCAUACACUUCCAGUUGGGUGGAGAAACUACAACACAUUCUCCGGAUAAAUCCUCAGUUGCCAAUGAUUUCUGCAGCAUGAUGCCACAUCCAUCCAUAGAAAUUGUGGAACUGGGUGAGGGCGCUCAAAAAGCAACCAUUGUCAAGGCUGCUCUGGAACAGGAUGAGGAUCCAGAUGAAGAUCAGGAUCAGUUCGAUCAUAUAAGAUAUAAAGUCCUGAAAUCUCAGCAACUGAUACGCAACAAUUUCCUGUCUACAAGAAACAAAAAAGAGGCCCAGUUCGAUGGGUUGAUUCAGUACCUGCAGGAGUAUAGUUUCCAGGAGUUGCUGAGCAAUAAUAAUGUGGUCAUUGUAGAGCCUGUGAGGACUAAGAUCGAACGACCUUUACAGGUGGGGAUUAAUAGUGGUGCCACUACUACGACUGUUCCACCUCCGAAACCUCCAAGAGUAGUAAAUGCCACGGGCUCUCAGCCUCGGAAAACUAAGCAAAGACAAACUGGAGGAGCUGCGGCGAAAAGACAUUUUUUCUACCAACCUGUGAGGGUAAAUAGAGAGCUCUACGAAGAUGAACUACCAGAUCCCGAUACAGUUCGCAAUGUUCGUCGCUUUUUCGAGCAGAAUGUCCUGCCAACUCCUGGUCAGGGUUUGCUAGUGCAAUCCCAGCAAAAGUUUGGUGGCUCUGCCUGUCAAUUGAGUCCCAAAUCCAGAAGAGCUAGGGGUUACCGAUACCUAACCAUCGAUACUAGCUUCGGGGGAGCCGGAGAGGAGCAGCCCAAGGGGAUGGAUCUGCUCGAGGAGCACAAGGCCAAGCACUGGGACAAUGCCAGUUUAUCGAGUGGUAUUUCCAGUGGUGAUUUGAGUUCGCCCUGCGGGGAGUAUCAUCACCAGGAAUCACCGGUAAUGGCCUGCAAGGAUGUCCAUGUUCAGGAUGUUGUUAGAAGACACAAUAGCAAUGCUGCCAAUGCGAAAGCUCGAGCUAAAUUUGCCAGCCGACGCACCUGGUGCAUGGGAACAGGUCCUGGAGGAAUGGGGGCAAAUGAAUCCCUUUAUCGGCAAAUUUAUGAAAAUAAUUUGGGACAUUCCGAGCAGCAGGAGAAUAGCGAACAUCUGGAGGAAGAGGACGAUGAGCAGGAUGACCAGUACGAGGACGAUGUGGAGCAGGAUAUUUGCGAGAACUAUUACGUCAGCAAUGACGUGCUGGCCAAGAUAAGGGAGUGCGGCUCAACUGUCACCUAUUACGGAGGCCGGGUUCUGGACAAGACCGCAACCAGCACCACAGCCCCGCCCACAAAAACCACUCAGCCAAUGACGGGGAGUGGCACCCGCUCCCGAGUUCGUCAAAUAGAGGCCUGCAAUGUGUGCCUGCCGAGCGAAAGAUGCGAACAUCGAUUGCAAUCCAAACAAACGGCAGCAGAACAGCAGCAGGACUCAUAUCAAGGCAUCAAAUUUAAGCUGGUCAAGUCCAAUAGCUGCAGCAGUCGGCUCGAGUUGGCCGGAACGAGUGAAGAUGAGGUCACCGCCGACAGCGAAGUAGUUCGAAAAAUGGUACAUCACUUCGAGGCGAAUCAGACAACCACGGGCAAUGAUGGCCAACUGCUGACCAUCAACAGCCAGAGUCAGAUAACGUUGGCCAAGGAGCCGGAGGAGCUCCAGCGACGCCAAGUGACAGUAAAUAAUCACAUCAAUGUGCUCGGGGACAUGCCCGAAGAGCUCGAGAAGGCUGAAAACUUUAAUGUUCAGCCGGAAAAUGGUUAUGGUGGGGAUAUCUUGCCCACAUACGAAACUCAAGCCAUGAACAUACGCCUCGAUGUGACUGAAGGCAAGAACAUCCUGCAAGCUGCUGCCAGCAAAGUUUGUCGCAAUAAAAACGUUGACUUGGCCUACACGUUGGUCAAGACAACGCCAAAUCCUCCCAAGGGCAAGCCCAUCGAAGCUCCGCGCCAGAAAAUUGGAAAACAACAGCGCGAAGUGGAGGAAAAUUGCGAAAUAACUGCCGUGACAAAGGCUGUCAAACCGGCGAAGCCCUCACCACAAAUCAUAGUGCCUGCGGAUAUACACAGUCAGGCCUCGAUAGCUGCAACCGGUCCGAUACCCGAACGCCGAUUGAGCAAUGCCAGCAGUAGUAACUCUGUUGUGGACAAAACCGUGGUCCGUCACUAUGUGGCCAAUGAUAAAAGCAUCUAUGAGCGGCGCAAAUACGAUGAGAUUGAGUUCGAGGAGUUUGAGGUCUACGAUCCCAGCAAAGAACCACCUCAAGUGGAGGAAAGUCCGGAGAAAAUUCCCACAGAUGCAGAGCUCUAUGACAGCUUGGAUGACAAAAUGUGAACGAAAACUAAUGCUCAAUACACCUUACGAAAACAGCAACGACGACUUCUUGGGGUUUUGGGUUAAAGCGUAAAUCGUAUACAUCCACAUCGGUAGCCUAGCUUAGCUUUACAGGUAAAGCCAAAAGAUUAUACCAUAAAUUAUCCAAAGUAUAAUAUAUUAUUAUUUAAAUUUAAUUUGCAAUACAAAAUUCUUCACCUGUACAUUAUAAAUUUAUGACUAAAUAAAUAUGCAAUUUAUUUAACGA